AUGUUUGGAAGAAAAGCUUUCAAGCUUGUAACAGAAUUAGAUUUACAAACUAACAUACAACCAUUUAAUGAAGCACUAGUUAAAGAAGUUUUAAACGAGAUGCAAUCUCUCUACGAGGCAAACAUGGCUGAUAGCAAUGCAAUCCGAAAUGAUGAUAACAUGGCACUGUUACCAUCAGUACAAUUGAGACAUAUAGCACUGACAAGAAACAAAAGGUGUAUUUUGGCAUAUAUACACAACAGAAUGAGAAAAUUAAGAGAACUACGAUGGGAACUAGGAAGCAUCAUGCCUCCAGAAAUAAAUUCUAAUUUAUUGAAUGCUGAAAUUCAAUGGUUUCAAUCAUACAACAAAUCCUUAGCUAUAUAUAUGAGAUCCUUAGGAGAAGAUCAAGGAUUUAAUUUAACUGCAAACAUGUUGCCUCCAAAAACUCCUUAUGUAGAGGUAAAAUGUGUUAUGGAUUUUGGGAAAUUGGAACUGGAAGAUGGUCAAGUAAUUUUAUUAAAGAAAAAUACAUAUCAUUUACUACCAAGAGCUGUGUGUGAACCACUCAUAAGACAAGGUAUACUUGAACAUAACUGA